AUGGCAGGCUCAAGAGGGGCUGCAGCUGUAGCUCAGCGGCAGCUCGUCAGGACAGCGGCUGGCACCAUCUCGUCCGUGCCCGCACGCAUCGCGACUAGGUCUAUCGCCACGAGCGUCGCAAUAGCCUCGUCUAGACUGGGACGCGGCUCGAGGUUCACGCUGUCCAAAGAUGGUCCUCACACCCGUCGCACCCCGCGCAAGCCUACCUCGCACGAUGUGCCUCAUGACGCCGCUGCAUCCGCGCCAUUGUCAGCACCCUCGCAGACACAGCAGCCAGCGCAACCUCCAGCAGCUCCCACCCAGGCCGAGUCCACUCAAUCUGGCGCCAGCGCGGCAUCCGCGGCAGUGGCUACCGAUCCAUCGCUCAAUGUCCCCGCCGUGUUGCCGGACGCACCGCAGGACGUGCUGCAGCCGACCAAGCCAGAGUUCGAGGGUGCCACGCGGCUGCUCUCGCAGUCUGCACUGGUGGUGACGCGCGAGAUCGAGAUGAUGAACAUCUUCCUCGGCUUCGAACAGGCGAACAAAUACUCGAUCCAUGCGCCGUCCGGUGAGCUCGUCGGUUACCUCGCGGAAGAAGAGCAGGGCUUCAUGACUGGAGCUAUGAAGCGGCAACUCCUGCGCACGCACCGACCGUUUCGAGCGACGGUGAUGGAUGCCUCGGGCAAGCCGGUGCUCAUGAUCCGUCGACCUUUCACAUGGAUCAACUCAACCGCACACAUUUAUGCCGUACACUCCGACUAUCCCGUCGGCUACGGUGCGCCGCAGGAUGCGGAUCUGGAGUUGAUCGGCGAGGCGCAGCAGCGAUGGCAUCUGUACAGGCGCAAGUACGAGCUCUUCCUCCGUCGUCGGGAAGAGGAGGGUGAGAGGUUUCAGCAGUUCGCGAACAUCGAUGCGAUGCUGUUGAGCUGGACGUUUAUGAUGCAGGAUGCGGACAGCAAGCUGGUGGGCGCGAUCGAUCGAAACUUUCGCGGCUUUGGACGCGAGAUCUUCACCGACACGGGCCAGUAUGUGCUGCGCUUUGACUCGGUUGGCGAGACUGCCAUGACCGAGGCUCGACUCACCCCGCCCUCGGGCGAGGCUCAGCGCGAUCAGGGAUUGGCAAAGGGGAUGGAGCUCGUGGAGAGCCACGGCACGAGAGCGCUGACGCUCGAUGAGCGUGCAGUGGCACUGGCAACCGCGGUGAGCAUCGACUUUGACUACUUCAGCCGCCACUCGGAAGGCGCACAUGGCGGAGGCAUGUUCCCCUGGUUCUACAUGGGCGGCAUGGGCGGAGGCGGAGGUCAGGCCGAGGCCCCUCAAGGCGGUAGUGAGGCCAACGUUCCUACUCAGCAAGGUGGAUCGGCAGACGAUGGGUUUGGGGCUGGUGUGGCGGGCGGAGCGAUGGGAAGCGGGAUGGACUAUCCUUACGGACCUUCGGACUCGGGCAUGAGCCAAGACACGCGGCUGGAUCAGCCACCUCCCAAUGCAAGCGGAUAUGGAGAGGAUGCGCCAACGAGCGGGCAGCAGGACUCGCCGUGGUGGAACGCAGACCAGCAAGGCCAGGCGCAAGACGGCGACGUGUGGGGUACAGCCGAUUCGGACCCUUGGGCCGGCGCCAACGACACGCAGCAGCAGGAUGGAGGCUUCUGGGGCAACUGGGGUGGAGGCGACUCUGGCGACAGCGGCGGAGGAGGCUGGGGCGGCUUCUUUGGAGAUGAAUGA